AUGAGCUCUCGCGAUAUCCCUCCACCCCGUCGCAAGUCUUGCGAGGCAUGUAGAGCAGCCAAGCGCCGCUGCAGUCUGGCUCUGCCGACCUGUUUUCGAUGCUCGCAGCGGGGCCUCGCCUGCGUCUAUCCGGGGCUGCCACCCGACCAGAUUCCGGAGCUGCUAGCUCUGCUGGACCAACCUGAGAGGCCGAAAGAGUUUAGCUUUGAUGCUCCAGUGCUUGAUCUGCCUGUAGAAACAGCCCAGCCCUCGCCACUGCAAUACCAGCCCCAGGGCAAUGCUGCGGCUGUCUAUUUCCACGAGCAGCAAGGAAUGACGCAUGUACGGACCAGCAAUCCCGUUCUUCUGUCUGCUUUGAUGUCCUCACGGUUUGAAUACCCGGUCAAUACCCUGAAGGAUGUACCGCGGAUGAUGGUCGUGGAGAACCAGACCCCUUGGUCCCAUCCUGAGUUGUACCGCGACGGAAUGCCCAAAGUCAUGCAGGGAUCAGACGCCUACGCCUGCUGUGCUCUGUAUAUCACCAAGAACCGCAUCAAUGGCCCCAUGAUAACCUCGCACAUCCACUCUCGACACCAAGAGCUCGCUCUCUCCCCCUUACCAACCUCACCAACAGACUUGCUUUCACACGUCCACGCCCUCAUCCUCUACCAGAUCAUGCACCUCUUCGACGCAGACAUCAACGCCGCCGACACCUCCGCCACCAUCGACAUCCUCUCCAUCUCUGCUCUCGAAUCCGCCACCUCCCUCCUCUUCAACAGCACCCACUUCCCACACACGCAGCAACCCCCUGCAACGCUCCCCCCAAGCACAACGCAUUUCUGGAAACUCUGGGUCCUCGAAGAAUCCGCCCGCCGCAGCAUCAUCGUCGCCCUAUUCCUCAUCCAAGUCCUGCGCGUCUUCCGCGGCGACACCGACAUCCGCUGCGACGGCAAACUCGGCGUGCUGCACUCGUGGUUUUUCUCCGCACAUUUAUGGAGUGCCUCCUCGGUCUACGAGUUUGCCACAGCCUGGACAGAGAAAAGACAUUUCAUCGUGCAUAAUGCAAACUUUAAUCAGGUAUUGCAGGAAGCGCAGCCGAACGAUGUGGAUGUUCUAGGCAAGAUGUUGCUUGUUACGAGUCGGGGGGUGGAUGUUAUCCGGGACUGGUUUUUUAGGAGGGGGGCGAUUUUGUAG